AUGGGUUUCCCCAAACCCUUAUUGCUUAUAGCUCUUGGGCUCUUUGUGGGCCUAAAUGCAUUUCGACUCAACGUUCCGCGAGUUUUAUUGCCGUAUCAUCCAUCAAAUCAAGUAACCUUUCUGCUCGAGGUAUCACAUCCGGGAGGCGCAUGUUUUUCUUGGUAAGGUUUUAGGAGUACUUAUCGUUUUAUAAAAUGUAUUUUUAAUGGGAUUCGUGCUUUCAGGAGGUCCACUCGUCCCGAUGUUGCUUCCAUCGAGCCAAUAGAUCCCAAAGCCAAUGGAUGUUCGGACAAGGCCCUUUUAACGUCCAGAUCGAAACAUGCUGAUGAACAAAGUGCAACCAUCUUCGCCCGAGAUCUCAGUAUGUUUUUGUUACCUUUUUAUUUUUAGGACACCAUUUGCUGUCUCUGUUAUUUCAUUAUUUUAGAUAGUGGGGUAACACUUUCCUGUGGGGUGUCUGUGGACGUUAUCCAUUCCAUCAAAGUAGAAACCAUCACCGAUCUUUUGUUCCUCGAAGCCCCUCCAGCUCGGAUGUAUGUGGAUGCUUUCAACGCCAAAGGGCACGCUUUCUCAGCUCUUGGAGAUAUCCCAUUUGAUUGGUCGUUUGAGUUUGCCGAUUCGUCUAGAAGGCCAUUGAGAAUUAUUCCUUUUUCUCAGAGCAAAUACGACGCUCCACCUGGAAUCGAGGAUUUGGAGAAGCAGAAAAAGAAGGGAUAUGUGGUUCUGGUGGAAGGAAUUCAAACUGGGGCUGCUAAAUUGACCGCCAGAUUCAGCGAAUCGGACUUUAGUGUAAUUUUUCUUUUCUGUUAUUACUAUGAACGUUUUAGUAUGUUGCACCUCAUGGAAUUGAACUCUAUGUUGUGGCCAACCUACUGCUUAUCCCGUCAGAAGAUUUGUUUGUUACCGCCGGAUCGGUCAUUCCUUAUAGUGCUGUCAUUCUCAAACAAGGAGCCACAGAGCGUGAGUAUAGGAAUGAUAUAUUAUAAUAGUACUCUUUAGCUGUUCCGAAAGAUCAGUAUGAGCUGGUUGUGAGCGAUCCUGAUGUCUGCUCUUUGGAUCCAACAACCAAUUACCUGACCGCAAACGCAUUGGGGAAUGUGGAAGUUACGUUAUACGAUACUAGUAAGUUAUUGGUUUUUUGUGAGUUUUAUGUUUAGCCGUCAAACAAAAGGCCGGUUUUAAACCCCAGAGUGCUCAUGUAUAUGUGGUGGAGCCAGAUUCAAUCUUCUUCACCAUUAGCCGAGGAAAUAAUUGGGUUCUACAAGCUGGACUUUCUUAUGAAAUUGAAGUUAAACUGCUCGAUUUGCAAGGAAAGAACGUGUUUAUUCCUGAAGUAAGUGUUUUUGCUUUUGAUUUAUAUUUUUAGAAUGCCCGUUUUGAAACGGACUUGAGCGACCACUUCGAAAAAAUCGAAUCUUCAAAGAACGGCACCUAUUUCAAAGUCAGAGCGAAGAGGACUGGGCAAAUCACCAUCAAAUCCCACUUCACGGAACUCAUCGAUGUCAAUGGAUAUACCCAGAAAGUGGCGGUUCCUAUUUAUGGAGAACAGAAAACCGAAAUCUUUGAUCCCAUUGAUCUCACUCCUAAAACUUUGAUCUUCCCAUAUCAACGAAACUAUCCGUACAAUUACAAAUUGAAGGUGAAAGGAGGGUCUGGAGUCUUUGUGUGGUCAACUGAAAAUAAAAAUAUUGCUGGGAUUUCUGAAUCUGGAGUUGUCAGUAGUGGAGAAAUUGGAGAAACGAUCGUACAUGUGGCUGAUUAUAGAAAUGAGCAACAUCGGGAUAUCUCGAAGGUAGGGUUAGCUGUUUUUUUAUUCUUUUAUUUGGUUUAGGUGAUUGUAAUUGAGCCCAAGGGCAUUGAAUUUGGUCCUUCAGUCCUUGAAGCCGAGAUUGGAACCGCUCUCACUCUGAAUAUCAAGAUGUUCACCGAGCUGAAUGGAUCACCAGUGCCAUUCACUGACUGCCGAAACUUUGAUUUUACUGUCCAGGUUUCGAAUCAGAAUGUGUUUAAAGUCGAUAAAUGUAAGUUAUUCAAUAAUCUUAUGUGAUUUUGUUUUAGCGAAACCCGGCGCAAUCCCUGAGGAGAAUCGCGGAUGUUCUACUAUCCAUCUUGUUGCUAAGGCUGUUGGGGAUUCUAAGAUUACUGUCUCCUAUGGAAGUUUGAAAGCUCAGAUUGAUAUAUUUGCAUUUCCACCACUCAAGGUAAGAGUUUCGAUUGGGUUUUUACAUUGCUUUAGAUUACUGUUGACACGGAACUUCUUCUUGGCCUCGGUUCAUCCGCUCCUUUUAAAUUUGAAGGUGGCCCAAGACCAUUUACGUUUGAUCCAAGCAAAUAUUAUGCGAAGGUUGAGGCCGGAAACGGUCAGAUCGGAGAAAUUGAGAACACGGGAGAUGUCUACAGAGCUGUCUGCAAAGAAAAUAUUGCCGAAACUACGGUCUCGGUGAAGGUUGGGAACAGAAGAAGUACUUCUUUGCCGUUCCCAGCCCAAUCUGUUGCCCAAGCCAAGCUCUGUUGCUCUGUUCCAUCUAGAAUUGCACUAACUCAGAGGAGCAAAGCCAAGGUUUCUAAAGGCGGAAAUUGCCCAACCUCGACGGUAGGGAUACGUUUAGAGUUUUGAUUAUUGUUUUAGCACUCUGUCUUCUUUGGAGAACCCUCUUAUUUGGAAUUGUCGGCGUUUGGCCACUGCUCAAGCCAAGGUGAAGAUGCCAUGGAACGGAAAUUCUCCUCAGUUUCAUCUCUUGUCGUUGAUUUCAGGGUGAAACAAACGAGUCUGGCUUCGAUUGAUCGCUUUGACAAAGCUGAAGAGCAAGAAUUCAGUAAGUAAUAUUUAUUUGAUCUUUAUUCUUUUUAUUUUUAGUUUAUGCCGUGAUCCAACCUUCUGGAAGAGCUGGUGUUGUUGAUAUCCAGGCCUCUACCUCCCAAUUUGAUGUCAAGAAGUCGAAAAAGUCUAUUGGAAAGACACUUUCUUCACACCUGACACUGAAUCUUGUUGACAAAGCGGCUGCCACUCCAACUUCAAUUGUUCUCUGGAAUCAGAAGGAAGCUAGAGGAGUUGUCACACUUGUUGGGGGUUCUGGACAUUUCUGGAUUGACUACACUGUCAGCGGGCAAUACGUGAAUGCUCAUCUCUUGACCAACCCAAAGGAACCCGGCCAAACCCAGAUUCAAUUGAGCCCCAUUCAAGAAGGUCUCACUAAACUCGUGGUUCAUGACCUUUGUAUUGGCGGACAUGAAGUGAAGGUGGAUGUUAAAGUAACCGAGAUUAGUGAAAUUCGAAUCCGGGGAGCUGAGUUCGUCGAGGUUCAAAAGGAAGUCCCACUUGAAGUGGUCGUCAUCGAUGUGGAGGGCCAGGAAUUCGCUUUGGAAGACAUCCAGGAGAUCAAUCUGAACUUGGAAUACAAUAAUGAUCUCGUUUCCCUGGAUAAACAAGGAUUACUUACCUAUAACGCCCUUGGAGUCAAAGUUGGCGUUACUCAGAUUAUUGUCUUUGCAAUUUCUGCUACUGGAAAGACUGUUAGAAGUACUCCACAUCAUCUUCAAGUAUUUGCUCCUUUGAUUUUGGAUCCAAGAGAGGUCACACUGAUCCCACAAAGUGUAUUCCAGGCAAGUCUUUCAUUUUUUUUUUUGUAAAUUAUAGGUACCUAAAAUAAUGUUUUAUAAGUUUAGCUGGAAAUAAUUGGAGGUCCCCAGCCAAUCCAUCCCGUAAAUUUCGAGAUGAAUAACACUGCAAUUGCCUCAAUUUCGUCCAACGGCCUUAUCCAUUCAACUCAAACACUUGGAUACAGUUCCAUCAAAGGAGUGGUCGGAUACUCCGGCCACACUGUGACUUCGGAUACUGUAAUUUUAAAGGUGGUUUCGUUGGCCGGUGUGAGAAUCGUUGUGUCGUCCUCUUUGGUGGAAACUGGAGAAGUGUUGGAAGCCCGAGUUGAAGGAAUUGCGGGCUCAGACGAGAGUCCGUUUGCUUUUGGAGGAGCAGAUUACCCGUUAACAGUGGAAUGGAAGCUCUCCAAAGCCGACUCGGAGAUCCUCAAUUUUGAACCCGUAAUGCACAAAUUGGUCAGAGAGAAGAAGGAGAAUCAGUUUGCUACACAGCUCAGGGGGUUGAAGAGUGGAAUUGCCGAGCUGGAGGUUAAAGUCACUGCCCAUUCCAGCUCGUAUCGACAUUUCUUGACCCGAGAAUCCCAUUUCAAUGAUGUCAUUAAGAUAAAUGUCCACGAUCCGGUGAACUUCGUCGCUCCGUUCUUGGAUAAACAACCCACAAUUAGAGUUACUCCACUGGCUUCACUUCCGUUGAGCAUUAACAGGUUGGUAACAUAACUUUAUCGCAACCGCGUUUUGUUUCUGAUUGUUUAACUGUUGAUUUCAGACCAGUGGAAGAAGUUGUCUAUAAAGCUAGCAAGGAAUCUGAGAAAUUGUUUGGCGUGAAAUCGGGCCAAACUGCUGAUGGAAUUCCCGAGGUUAUCCUUGAAUCCGGCUCUUUGGAAGGGGUCGGCGCCAUUUUGGUGGAGCACAACAACUCCGUCUAUAAUAACAGCCACUUUGUCACUGUCGAAGUUACUGCUGCCAAGUCGAUUCAUUUGACCGUUGAUGGGAACGUUCACAGAAUCCGAGAGAGUUUAAUCCCAGGAAAUUGGAUCACCGUUCAUGUGGGAUUCAGAGACAACCGGGGAAGAGUCCUGCAUGCAGCCAGGAACAAGGUCUCCUACAGGCCUCAUCGAUUCGAUCUGACAGAAAUUGAAUCAUCUGAUGAUCGAAGAACUCUGAGAAUUUAUUUGAAGUAUGAUGGGGAGACUGUCCUUAAGGUUUGGGAUCCGAAAGAUCAUAGAAUUGCCACCUUCCUGCGAUUGUCAGUGGCAGAUUUGAGUCCCGAAGAACUGAAGGAUGAAGCUGAUACAACUGGAGACAGCAAUUUGACUUUAGGGCAAUCGUAUAACUAUGUAAAGCAGACUGCAGAUGAAGCCAAGAGUGGAAUUGGAAGGCUGCUGGGAGAAUUCUUUGAUAACAAUCCCGGAAUCUCGAUUAUGUUGAUGUUCUCCUUUGCUGUGGCUACCUUGUUCAUGUUUGGUAAGUACUAAAUUAUGUUUAUAAUAGCCUUUCUAGUUUACUACGCGUGUUCCCAACGUCAGCCGUAUGUCCGGCCCAGCCUGAACUCUUCUCGUGUCUAUGCCUACCAGACUACCCAUGAUGGAUCCCUGGGUCUUUCUACAGACUUGUCGGCAUCCCCUCUGUUCCAUUCAACUCCGGAUCAAGAGCUGGCAAAGAAGGCACCAGCCACCUCAAGAAAGUUUGCCACUCCUGUCAACAAGGCUUACGUGGAUCAGAGUUCGCCCAGAUUGUCCAACAAAUCAGCCGGAUCCAGCCAUGACGAGCUUUUCAACGGUUCCAUUAGCCCCAACAAUCGUCUGAAACAAGUAGUCAGCCGGUUCUACAAUUAA